ACAGUUUGAGACAAUUCCUUGAAGAGAAGCGGCCUUAACUUUCAAGCGGACGGAUGUUUGUUCUUUUGCCGACAAUCCCUCUAUCUACUGCGUACCUUGGUACUGUUCUUCGUCGCUGCAUCUCACUCUUCAGCGAGGACCUAUUGGCUUUUCCAGCUGGAUGUGCAGCGGAAGGCAAAAGUCGGCGUUUCGGGGCAGGCGAUGUCCGAUGGCUACAGAGGUGUAACAGUACGAUCUAUCCUCAAGAACUAUUCUGUGCUACUCAACAUGAUAUUCCAUGGUUCAGUUAAAAGGCCCGAUGUGGCAGCUUGGCUUUCUGCUCCUCGUUGAGCGACAGCUAUAUCCCUUUCCUUAUGGUCCACAAUCCUGACUACGCUUCUGAGCCCUGGCUUUUGGAAAAAUGAAUCGAAUCCCAGUGUUGAUUGUUGGCGGUGGACCCUCAGGUCUGGUGCUGGCGUCGUGGCUGCAGAGACAAAACGUGGGGCUGCGGAUAAUCGAUAAGGGCGAGUUUAGGGCUUCCAAUUCACGCGCCAUCGUCAUGCACGCUCGCUCCCUUGAGCUCUACCAAAAACUGGGCCUGGCUGACGAGGUGAUUGCUGACGGCAAGCAGAUGAUAGCCGCAAACCUUUGGAUCCAGGGGAAACAUAGAGUGCGAUUACCGAUUGGCGAUAUCGGAAAGGGCGUCACACCAUACCCAUUCGUCCACGUCUACCCACAGGACCGACAUGAAAAGCUGCUGGAGGAAAAGCUGGCGGAAGCUGGCAUCACGGUCGAGCGGAAUAGGGAGCUAGUAAAUUUCAAAGACCAUGGCGACCAUGUCUCGUUCACCGUCCUCCACAAUGAUACACAGGAGCGGGAGGAGAAUUGUGAGGCACAGUACAUCAUCGGCUGCGACGGUGCAUCGUCGACUGUGCGAAAUGGGCUCAGUGAUAUACACUUCCCAGGUGGGACUUAUCAGUCCCGAUUCUACGUUGCGGACAUCGAGGCCAGCGGACCCGCUAUCAACGGAGAGGUCCAUGUCAGUCUCCAUUCCUCCGAUUUCCUCCUCAUCUUCGCAUACAACGACAGUUCGCGCGUGCGAGUAGUUGGUAUGGUGGAUAACAAACCCGAUGUCCCUCCGGAAACACUGACAUUUGAAGACGUAUCGGGUACCGCUAUAGACAGCUUGAAAAUCAAAGUAGAGAAAGUCAACUGGUUCUCAACAUAUCGCGUCCACCAUAGGGUGGCGAGCAAAUUUCGAAGUGGCAGAGCGUUUCUUGUGGGUGAUGCAGGGCAUAUUCACAGCCCCGCAGGCGGGCAGGGAAUGAACACCGGAAUCGGCGAUGCGGUCAAUUUGGCUUGGAAAUUGGCGGCGGUAUUGCAAGGCCACGCCGAUCCGUCACUGCUGGAUAGCUUCGAGGAAGAGAGGAUUCCAUUUGCGCGAGCGUUGAUACAGAGGACGGAUCAAGCUUUCUCCAUCGCAACAUCUGGAGGUUUUCUUGCAGAUAUCGCGCGCUCUUAUAUCGUACCCUGGAUCCUCCCCGUGGCUAUGCGACUACCAGGAGCUACGGAUUAUGCCUUUCGCAUACUUUCGCAAACGCACAUAACCUACCGCGGAACGUCAUGUGUCGGAGGCGUCGCUGGCCAUGUGCACGGCGGGGACCGGCUCCCUUAUACAACCCCCAUUGGGUUAGAUAACUAUGAAGCACUAUCACAAAUCGCGUGGCAAGUUCAUGUUUACGGAACCCCCAAGGAGGAGAUGAUAGCAUGGUGCAGAGACAAGGACGUUGCACUGCAUGCUUUCGACUGGACAGAAGACUGUAAAGGAGUGGGAUUCGCUCGAGACGCUGCAUAUCUAUUGCGGCCCGAUAGUUAUGUUGCGUUUGCGAACUUGUCCGGCAUGCUAGCACAAUUUGAGGAGUAUCUCGGAGCUUGUGGCAUCCGCAAAUUGUCAACAUGA